AUGUAUUGGUUCUGGUGUUUUUUGUCCAUUGUGACAGCCUCAAUUGUAUUUGAGGAAUACGAUGAGACAAUUCCCAUCUAUACCAACGCCAGUACAUCUCGAUUGGUGUUUGACCCAGCUGACUGGCCUGGAGUUAUUAGGGCUGCUCACGACUUGAGAAAAGAUUUUGAAGCUGUUACUGGCAAAAAGGCCCUUCAGGUGGCCAAUGAUACCUUGGAGUACUGCUCCAAGUCACCUACUAUUAUUAUUGGAACAAUUGGUAAUUCUCUGAUAAUUGACAAUCUUGUUAAAAAUAACCUCAUCGACAUCAGGGCCAUUGAACACAAAUGGGAAUCUUACAUUAUCACCCAUAUCAAGGGCUGUAAUACUGUAGUGGUAGCGGGAAGUGAUAAAAGAGGAACUAUCUUUGGAAUCUACACCAUUUCUGGGAUGAUUGGGGUGAGUCCAUGGUAUUUUUGGGCAGAUGUCCCCAUCGAGUCGCACUCGUCGGUAUACUUCAACACCUCAGCACCAAUAGUUAGUGGAGAACCCAGUGUCAAGUACAGAGGGAUUUUCAUCAACGAUGAGGAACCUUCAUUAUCUACCUGGGUGAACCGCAAUUUUGAUCAGGGAAACUACACCCACUAUGUUCAUGAGUUCUACUUCAAAGUGUUCGAGCUCUUGUUGAGACAGAAAGCCAAUCUCUUGUGGCCAGCCAUGUGGAAAGCCAUGUUCGGGCUCGAUGACGGUUUAAACCAAUACUGGGCUGACUACUAUGGGAUUGUGAUGUCCACUUCUCAUACUGAGCCCUUACAACGGGCUUCCAAUGAAUGGUUAUAUGAGGGUGAAGGUUCGUGGGACUAUACUACCAACGAAAAGAAUAUCACCGAAUACUGGAAAGACGGUAUUGCUCGAGGAAAAGCUUACGAAGGGGUUUGGGUUGAAGGUAUGCGUGGUCUUGGAGAUACCGCUAUGUCAGACGGAGUCGAGUCUGCUUUGCUUGAGAAGAUUAUUGCUCACCAGAGAGACUUAUUGGUAGAAGGAUUUGGAGAAGGCACCAACAUCUCGACUAUUCCCCAGGUUUGGUGUUUGUACAAAGAAGUGCAAAGCUAUUAUCAGAAGGGAAUGCUGGUACCUGACGAUAUCAUAUUGCUUUGGGUGGACGACAAUUGGGGAAAUAUUAGAAGACUUCCUCAGGGAGAUGAGACCUCCAGAAGUGGAGGAGCAGGAAUAUACUACCAUUUCGAUUAUGUGGGAGACCCCCGCAACUAUAAGUGGAUCAACACUGUUUCACUAACACGGACAUGGGAGCAGAUGCACAUGGCGUACGAAAGACAAGCUCGGGAGUUCUGGGUGGUCAACGUUGGUGAUUUGAAAGGCUUGGAAGUGCCCAUAGCAUACUUUCUUGACUUGGCCUACGACUACGACCAGUGGGGACAAGUCAACAAGGUACCCACUUGGACUCGAAAGUGGGCUGAACAGCAGUUUGGAGAAUUUGCUCCAGAUAUCGUUAUAGAUGAAAUCUCAGACAUUGUUGAAGAGUAUUCGUUUUUGGCUGGACGUCUCAAGUAUGAGCUCUUGGACAGGGACACCUACACGUUGCUCAACUACAACGAAGCCCAAAUGGUCCUUGACACUUGGAAAACCCUCUCCGACAGGGCUUGGAAUGUUUACAAUAACAGUCUUUCAAAGGCUGCUAAACCGGCGUUCUUUGAGAUGAUUUUGCACCCAUGCCAUGCGGGAUACAUUGUUCAUGAUUUGCACAUCACAGCUGGUAAGAAUGACCUUUAUACUUCUCAACAGCGUAACCAGGCUUCUUCUAGUGCUGAUCAUGUAAAAGAGGCCUUUCAAGACGAUUUUAAUUGGAAGAAAAAAUGGGAUGCAUUGCUCGACGGUAAAUGGAAAAAUAUGAUGGACCAACCACAUCUUAGCUAUUCUUACUGGCAGAACCCAAUGCGAGACGUAAUGCCUGCAGUAUCAGAGAUAUUGCUUGAAACUGAAGCUAUGAGUGGUUCAGGCGGACUUACCAUUGAUGGUGCCCUUGGAGUGGUUCCUGGUGAUGAUGUGCACAAUGGAGCUACUUACAACAACAAUACCUUGAUAUUUCCCGAGCUCAACCCGUAUUCUGGAAACACGUGGAUUGAAGUUUUUAGUAGAGGCUAUGAGGAUUUUGAGUUCAAGGUAACUCCGUGGAACGAUUAUGUUAGUGUGACACCUUCCAGUGGAAUUAUUAAUGCUUCCAACCAAUCGUUGUGGAAUUCGAUCUUCUUGAAUGUUAGUGUUGACUGGGAUCAGGUGGACGACGGGUUCCACUUGGAAUUCUUGAACUUCACCACCAACAGUUCCACCUACUUCUACACGAUUCCUACCAUUUUGAACUUACCCAUCAAUAAAACAGAGAAUGUCACCUCAUUCACUGGGUAUAUCGAGUCACAAGGAUAUGUUUCUAUUGAAGCCGAGCACACCACUGCAAACAUUUCACAGAACGACACUUACUUCUUGACGAUUCCCCGGUUUGGAAGAACCUUAUCUGGGGUGACCCUUUACCCAAUUAAUAGUGAGUCUCAAGUUGCGACCGAAGAUGCGCUGUACUUGGAGUAUGAUUUCUAUGCCUUCAGUGGAUCCAACGUCACAAAUGUUACAUUGAUAUUCUCGCCCAGUCUCAACGUGAACCCUUUCCGGCCUUUACGUUACGGCGUGGCUGUAGAUGAUGACGAACCAGAAGAUAUCCAGAUUUACGAAGAUAACACAGACCCCACUGCGUAUCCGGUUGGAUGGGAAGAGGCUGUGGCAGCCAAUGCAUGGACCCGAAACACGACACAUGACGUGGAUGCGGGACCACACACCUUGAAGGUGUGGCUUUUGGAGCCUGGGGUGGUGUUGCAGAAAAUAGUGAUUGAUUUUGGUGGUGCCAGGCCAAGUUAUCUCGGGCCGCCAGAAAGUUAUUUUCUUGAGGAAGAGUGAGAUUUGAAAUAGCGAAGAAGUUUUGCAGCCAAAUUGCUACUAUACAGUUGACAUACUUCAAUACAUACUUUUAAAUACUAGGGAGGAGUUAGAGAGCGAGAGCCUCACAACUUUGCGUCAUAGUGUUCCUUGACGAACUUGUGGAUACCUUGCUCAUACACAUUUGGCUUCUCUAUUCUCUCCUUACUCACAAAGAACCCCUUUGGAAUUGUGUACUCAAGCUCAUGGACCUUCUUGUUCUGUGUGAUACAUGUGGCAACUGCCUUAGCACUGAAAAGAACUCGGGGCAUACCAUGGCCGUGGAAUCCCGCAACGAUGUAGCAGCCUUUCUUACCAAUGACAUCCAACUCUCCCACAUACGGCAAAUAGUCGUUGGUGAAGCCCAAGAUCCCAGACCAGAUUUUGCUGACGUCGGAGUCGGUGUUCUCCCACGUCGAAAACCGCUUCUUCAUGUAAUCCUUAAACUCUGCCUUGGAUACCUCGUCAACAUAAGUAUCGUCCACACAGUCAAACCACCCAGAAAUAUCCCCGUUUGGCUUGAUCAAAGACUCAUCACGGCCCCCCACAAUGAUGGUCCCAUCAGGUCUGUUGAUGAGAUAGUCACUAUUUGGUCUGGAGGUAAAGAGACCAUAGGUGUUUGUCAAAUGUGGGGUAUGAUCUUUGUCAGCAGCCUCUAUACUGCAACAAACGCCUCUUUGUGGCACAAUUGUAUUUGAAAACUCCUCCAACAAUCCCUUUGUGUAUCCAUUUGUGCAGUAGACCACUUUACCACAAAUAGUGGUUCCACGGGGAGUAUGAACCACCCAUUUGCCAUUGUCAGUGGACGUCACUUUGGUGACCAAAGUGUUUGUCUGAAGAUUCAAGCCCUUGGCUACACACAUCUUUAAGAUUGAAAUGAACAACUUCCAUGGCCAGCAGCUGGCAGCAGGAUAUGUAAAAGCUAUGUCAGUUUGAGGAGAUUUGGAGAUCAUUCUUGCAGCCGCGCCGU